CAGUCAGUAUCGCGCAUUUGAAUGUUGAAUGUCGUUGGCGCGUUUUUUUCAUUUUAUAUAUUUUUGUUUUUAACUUAAAAACAAUUUAAACUUAAGAGAUUUUUAAAUUAAUAAGUUUUGUUUUUUAAAUUUAUCUCGAAAAAAAGAGUAAAGACGCAUUUUCUCUUCUUCUUAUUCGAUUUUCAAAGCUUACCAUCAAUCCUCAAAGGAGGUUCAAAAUAUAGUGUCAAAGGGUAUAGAAUACCUUUUAUCUGUCUUCUUUUUUUGGUGCAGUGUCAAAGAAGUGUAAAGGAAUAAGUUCCACUUGUAGAAGCAUAAAGUGUUUUUAAAAGUGCAAUUCAAUUUGAAAUAUAAAAAUAAAUUGAAAUAAAAGAAAAAUCGCCAACAUUGUGCAUGUGCUGCUAAAGUAUCUGGCGAUAUCUGACGGCUCUUGAACCAUAAUUGGAUUAAAACCUACGACGACGACGGAAGAAAAUACUUGUGCCUACCCUAAGCCCAUCACCACCCCCUGUCACAAAAACAAAAUCUCGCCUCUUCUAGUUCUAGAAAAUUGAAAACGAAAAAUGCCUAAGGAACAGGUAAAACUUGAUGCCUCCAAACAGGCAACAAGUCCCGAUGAUUGUGAUGAUUUGAGCCCAAUGCCACAAACUGCAGCACCACCAGUACGUCGGCGUGGUGGUAUUUCAGCUGAACCAGUCACCGAAGAAGAUGCAACAAGCUAUGUUAAGAAAGUCGUACCAAAAGACUAUAAGACUAUGGCUGCCUUGUCAAAGGCUAUUGCCAAAAAUGUCCUCUUCUCACAUUUGGACGAAAAUGAAAGGUCCGAUAUAUUCGACGCAAUGUUCCCCGUUACACAUUUGAUGGGUGAGAACAUUAUCCAGCAGGGUGAUGAGGGUGACAAUUUUUAUGUGAUUGAUAUGGGUGAAGUUGAGGUGUUUGUGAAUUCUGAAAUGGUUACAACAAUCGGCGAAGGCGGUAGUUUUGGUGAAUUAGCAUUAAUUUACGGCACACCUCGUGCAGCUACAGUUCGUGCUAAAAGUGAUGUCAAACUGUGGGGCAUCGAUCGUGAUUCUUAUAGACGAAUUCUCAUGGGCUCAACAAUUCGCAAGAGAAAAAUGUACGAAGAGUUCCUGUCACGUGUAUCUAUAUUGGAGAGCCUUGAUAAAUGGGAACGACUGACAGUUGCUGAUGCUCUAGAGAUGGUGUCAUUUGAAGACAGUGAGACAAUUGUGAAACAAGGUGAAGCUGGUGAUGAUUUCUAUAUUAUUGUCGAGGGGUGUGCUGUGGUGUUGCAGCGAAGGGCAGAGCAAGGAGACGAUCCAGCAGAAGUGGGACGCCUUGGCCCAAGCGACUACUUUGGUGAAAUUGCAUUACUUUUGGACAGACCAAGAGCAGCCACCGUUGUUGCAAGAGGACCUCUUAAAUGCGUUAAAUUAGACAGAGCGAGAUUUGAACGUGUAUUGGGUCCAUGUGCUGAUAUCCUCAAGCGUAACAUUACGCAGUACAACAGUUUCGUGUCACUUUCCGUCUAAAUUGCAUAAAAAUGAAUUUAUCAAAAUGCAUAUUUAAAAACGCAAACCUCAAAAAUAAAAACAAAAAAAUCUUUUUGCAUGUGUUUAAAAAAAAAAAAAAAAACAAAAUCAAAUUAAAAAUUCUUAUAUUUUUCACAAUUCAUAUUCCCUAUGAACAACAACAACAAUAACAACAAAAAUACUAAAUUUGUUAAAAUCUACUAAAACAAAACAAACAAAAAACUUAAACAAAUAUUGAAUUUUUAAAUGAAAUAGAACAAUAAUUAUCUAUUAAAAAAAUGCAUACAAAAAAUUGCCAAUUUAGUUCAUAAAACAAACAAAAAUAGAAAAACAAAAACAAAAGUAAACAAAAAAAAAACUAUUUUGUGCAGUAACCUUUAUGAUAAAAAAAAAAAAAAACAAAUCCUUAUUCUUUCUUUUUCGAACUCAAAUUUAAAUAUAAAAUAUACAUAUUAUUGUAAAACUAACAAAUAAAUAUAAUUGUAAAAAUUUAUAACGAAAUAGAAUAAAAACAAAACACAUGAAGCAAAAAUGACUAUGCAUAGAACUGAACAAAAAACAAAAACAAACAAAAGUGGCGUAAUGUUUUAUGUUUUAAUUUUGUAUUAUUUAAAUUUUUUUUCUUUCUCUGAUUUAUUUCAUGGUUUUAUAUAAAAUUAAACAAAAAAUAAAAACAAAAAUAUUAAAUAAAUAAAUAAAUUACUCACACAAAUUAUAUAUUUAAUAUAAGUGUGUAAUUUCUUAUGGUUUUUUCUAAUUUAUUUUCUAAAAAGAAAUCAAUGUAUGUUAUUAAGUGUAUUUUUGUUCUUAAGCGCAAACAAAAUAAAAGAAAAAAAAACAAAAAAAUAAACAACAUUUCUUCGAGCUUUGUAUUUAGCCAAUUGUUUGUAAAUUGUAGGAAAUUUAAUACUAUCAAUACAAGUCCUUCUUCUAUUUAAUAAAUAAAAGCAAAAUUAACUAUAACUAAAAAGCUAUGGGAGAGAUAAGUUAUAUGGUCCUCAGUUAGUCCUUCUUUUAGAACCAAUAUUAAUUUGAUGAAGCAUCAACAGAAAUUCAAAAUUUAUUUAGACCAAAACAUAAAGUUUCUUUUCAUAAUUUAUCGUUCUUUAAUUUAUAUUCCUUUUAAAAAUUGCAUGUAUUUGCUUGCCAACAUAAUUGUUAAACAUUUUUUCCAAAGAAUUAUAAAACUAUGAAAAUAUUUAAGAGUCCGAAUUGAAAAAGUGUUAAAAAUAAGAAAACGUAAUUAAAGUUCUUAAAUCUAUUUAUUUCUCCCAUCUGCUGCUUAAUAGGAAAUAAAAGAAAAAGAAGAUUGUUUGCAUUAAGUACCAAAAUAUUCUUACAUUUUUUCUUUUAUAAUUUUAAAAAAAUAUAUAACUUUUUAUUAUUUUUAGAAUGCAUUUUAUCAUUUUAUUUUGUCCAUAAACAUGUGUUUGUAUAUCAUUUUUAGAAUUAUUCUAACUGCCACUCUUUUCUGAAAAAAAAAGAGAAAAGAGUUCAUCGUCUUUUAAUUCUAAGUCAAAGGACAAACAAUGGAUGCCUAAAAAGAUAAAAAAUCAUACACAUAACUUUCCCACAACAAACACGUCAGAAAUAAAAUGAUAAAAUGUAUUUAAUAUUUUAAUUUAAUCAUAAAUCAUAACUAUUAACUGUAGUAAAAAAAAGAAAAGAAAAUAACAAAUAUGUAAAUGCGCACUGGUGCGCGAUCCAUUGUUCUACUGAAGUUUAAAAAAAACAUUAUGUAUUUAAUAAUAAUAAUUAAAUUGUAUUAAAAAUCAAACAUAAAAAUGAUACACUAUACCAACUAUUACUCUUAAGUGAACAAUGGAUAUACCCGCCGGCGGGUUAGGUGAAAAUUAUUUAAACAAAAAGAUAUAUUUAACAACAACUUAACAAAAAAGAAAACAAAUAUUUAUAUUUAAAAAAUAAAACAAAGAAAACUAUAUUAUGUAUAAUCAAAAAUAAAAAAAUAAAAGUAUACCAACUAUAUAAAAGAAUAGAAAAGAAAAUAUGCGUUUGGCAAAAAUAAAGAGUAAUGUUUCGAGAUUUCAAAAGUUUUAUUUCAAUUUUAUUGUUUUUAUUUUAUAUAUUUUUCCUGUUAAUCAUAAUUCAUAAAUAAAACAAGGAUAACUACAUAUAUAUACAUACAUAAAGAUUAUCAAAAAAUGACAUUGCGGUGAGAAGAGUUUAUAAUUUAUAUAGAUUUUUAUUUUGUUUUUGCAAAUUUUAGGAUAAAUGAGAUGAGACACAUAAUUAUUAAGCCAGCAUUUGUAGACUUUUACAUCAUCGUUGAUAUGUGAACAAAACAAAAAAACAAACAAAAUUUAAUAAAUAAAUAAAAUACAUAACUGAUUGGGAUUACAAAUAAAAAUUAAAAUAAAACAUUUUGUUUAAUUGUAAUUAUAUUUGUGUAUUUGGUGGUACUUAAUGUCUUAAUAAAAUAUAACAAAACAAAAAUAAGAAAAAAUAA